AUGCGCAUAACAUCCAGUGGCCGGCUCUCUGACGACAUGCGAGAGUAUCUCCAGGAAUCGCCAGCCAAGCUUCGCCUUGCUUUCCGCAACUGCCAGAUGUCUCCGUCAGAGCUGUCCGAGUUGUGCGAGCUGCUGGGGGAAUGCGGUGUGGGCUCCCUGUCCUUUCAACAGAGGGAUUUUGGCUCGCGUCCACUUCUGAGCAACCCUGAUGCUGGAAGCAUUCUGGAUUCAACGGCGCUGCAGCAGAGCAGGUACCUACGAAGCCUGGAGCUCGACUGCCCCUUCUUUCCUGAGAGUGUUGCCGCUGCCGCCCGCUUUCUAGCCAGAAGCGAGAACUCCGCCGAGCUUGUGAUCCACCUUAGGAGGGAAUGGUUUGCUGGGAAUGCACGGGCGGCGCAGAGUCUGUGCUCGAAGCUGACAGAGCUGUGCGCUUCGGCACAGGGUGCCCGGUUGAAGAUUGUGCCGCACCAGAGGCCGUCUCGACUCCAGGCGAAGGCUGCAAAGGAGACCGUCGAUGACCGAGGUCGACAACGACCUGUGGUUCGAAAACCUGCUCAAUGUCUUAACGCGCGUCCUCAACGUCUGCGGUAUCGCUGUCUUCGUCCUGGCGCUGGCAAAGCUCUUGGGAAGUUCAAGCUGCUCGGCAUCAAACUGUGGCCCUAUGGGAUUGCCGGGGCGACGGCCGUGCGGACGUUGUGGCCGUCCGUCCGAGCGACACUUCAGGGGAAGCCGUCCUGGCUGGGGAUCGCCUUUGGCCUGCUGGGAAUAGGCAUGUUUCCCUUUUCUCUGGUUAUUGCCGCGUUCAGGAGCUUCUGGGCAUACAUCGGGGUGUGUCUGUUAUGGACCAUUGUGCGACAGCUGUUCGGGGCGGUCCGGUUCAUUGUUUCGCGGAGAAACAGGCGGCGUAAGGCUUUCUUAGAGUUGGACUAG